AUGGACAACCUACGAGAGACCUUCCUGAGCCUUGAGGGUGACUUGGGCUCCUCCGACAGCCCUGGUCUGCUGUCCUCCUGGGACUGGAAAGACAGGGCAGGGCCCUUUGAGCUGAACCAGGCCUCCCCUGCUCAGAGCCUUUCUCCGGCACCAUCGCUGGAGUCCUACUCUUCUUCUCCCUGUCCAGCUGUGGCUGGGCUGCCCCCUGAGCAUGAUGGGGCCAGCAGUAGGGGCAGUGAUGACUGUGGCGUCCAAGGGGCUGGUGGCCUGGUAGAGGUGGACUACAACAUGUUAGCCUUCCCGCAUGCCUACCUACAGGGUGCUGGUGGCCCCAAAGCCCAGAAGGGCACCAAAGUCAGGAUGUCUGUCCAGCGGAGGCGGAAGGCCAGCGAGAGGGAGAAGCUCAGGAUGAGGACCUUGGCGGACGCCCUGCAUACCCUCCGGAAUUACCUGCCACCUGUCUACAGCCAGAGAGGCCAGCCGCUCACCAAGAUCCAGACACUCAAGUACACCAUCAAGUACAUCGGGGAACUUACAGACCUCCUCAACCGUGGCAGAGAGCCCAGAGCCCAGAGCGCCUGA